GACUUAACUGCAAGGUACCUACAAAUAUUCUAGAAUUACAACUUAAGUAUUAUUACCGUAAAAAAUUAAACAUAAGUAUUUAUUUACAACUGAGAGUUAAACUUAAGUAUUUAUGGGGUAUUGUAAAAGGUAACAAGUAAAUUAACAAUUAAGUUUCAACUUUCACGUGCCAAAAAGUCACAAAGCCAAAAUGUUCAAUCAAAUCAAUAAAAAACUUAUCUUUAUUCAUCAACAAUGAAUAAAAAUUACAUCUUUACCAAAAAAAACAGAGAAAAAGUUCAAUCUUUGAAAGUGUCAAACAAGCUUAGACAAGAAGUCAGAGACAAUAAUCUCUGUCAUUUUUAAGUGUAAUAAAGAAAAGCUUUAAGCUUCAAAACUAAGGUGGGUUAUGGCUGAUUCCAAGGUUGAGACCAUAUCUCGCUUAGCUCAAUGGAGGAUCGACAAUUUCAGACCUUGCUCAUACAAAAAUUAGACCCAUUUAAGGUUGGCCUAUGGAACUGUUCAUGAGAGGCUGCUUCGAAAUUACGAUGACUUUGUUUGGCCUGUAGAUACCACCUUUGUUGGUCGAUUUAUCAUCGAUGUUGAGUUUCUUGAUUUGAAGAUAUGCUCCGUAAAUGGCGGUGAAGCUAGUUCUACUUCUAUAUGGCCAAUCGACGGAACAAUACUGCAAUCACUAUCAAUGCAAAACACACUUCGAUGCCUCUCGAAAAAUGCUCGAUGAAUGAAUCCAUACUGAUGUAACAAUCCACGCAGUUAGUGGCACAUUAAGUGCUCACAAGGCGAUUUUGUCAGCGAGUUCUCCCGUCUUCCAUAGCAUGUUUCAUCACAACCUAAUGGAGAAAGAGUCCUCAACGAUUCAUAUCGAAGACAUGUCAGUGGAUUCUUGUAUGGCUCUUCUCAGCUACUUGUACGGAACCAUUAAACAAAUGGACUUUUGGGAGCAUCGUGUGGCACUCCUUGGAGCUGCAAGCAAAUACAAUAUUGCAGACCUUCAAGACGCUUGCGAGGAGAGUCUCAUGGAAGAUAUCAACUCGGGUAAUGUCCUGAAGAGGCUUGAAGAGGCCUGGCUUUACCAGCUGAAGAAACUUAAGAAAGGGUGUUUUAUGUACUUGUUCGAGUUCGGGAAAAUAUAUGAUAUUAGAGAUGAAGUAAACGAGUUUAUGAGGUGCGCCGAUAAGGAACUUGUGAUUGAGAUGUCUCAAGAGUUGCUUACUGAAGAAACAAAUGUAUAUUUGUUAUGGUGUAUAUUUUUAGUGUAUAUCUUUAACUUGUUUGAACCAUGAAAACUUUGUUGGAGCCAUCACUAUGUAAUAUAUUGGCAGUAUUAUUAAAAAAAAAAAAAGAAAAGGAAAGUCAUUGCUGUUAGGUUCAUUCAUUAUUAGCCAUAAAAAUCUUAUCUUUAAGCGUUGGACCUUUGAAUAUUACAUCAACUCUAAACCAAGGCUCCUUUUGUUCUAACUUCUAAGCUCUAUCCAUACACUUGUUAUCUCUUCCAAGAUCUGAAACCAUGGCGGAAUUAGUGGUGGGAGGAGCUCUUCUUUCGGGUUUGAUGAAUGUUCUCUUUGAUAGGCUUGCUUCUAAAGAUGUCCUUGAAUUCUUUCGAGGAAAUAAGGAAGCAAAUCUCAAAAAGUUGAAGACAAUGUUGAAGUCUGCUAAUGUUCUACUCAAUGAUGCCGAGGAGAAACAACUUGGAGAUGACAAUGUGAAGAAGUGGCUUGAAGAUCUUAAAGAAGUAGUUUAUGAAGCUGAUCAUGUGAUGGACAAGAUCAACACUGAAGCCUUGCGAAUCAAGAUGGAGAAAGGUGAACUCGAAAGCACAACAAGUAAGUCCUUGAGCUUUUUCAAAAAGUUUUAUAAUCCAUUUAAAAAAGCUUUGACAUGUGAAGUAGAGAAGAUUCUUGAUACAUUAGAUGAUCUUUUAGCUCAGACAAAAUACCUUGAUUUGAAAAAAGUAGAUAUGAAAACAACUAUACAACAUAGACCACAUGCCCCUUUACUAGAGGAUUCUAAGGUCUAUGGAAGGGAGAGUGAUAGAAAGGCUAUUGUUAAGCUAGUCUUGUCUCAUGAUGUUGGUGACCAUAAGAUCUCUGUUAUUUCUAUAGUAGGGAUGGGUGGUAUAGGCAAAACUACGCUUGUCCAAAGCGUGUAUGCAGAUACCAGUGUCAAACAACACUUUGACUUGAAAGCAUGGGUAACUAUCUCCGUCGAUUUUGAUGUUUUAAAAAUAAGCAAACUUAUUUUGGAGGCAAUCACUAAACAAAGAUGUGAUGCAGAAGAGGUACAUCAACUUCAAAAUGAAUUGAAAAGUGCAUUGUUUGGGAAAAAGUUUCUUUUUGUUCUUGAUGAUGUAUGGAAUGAGAAUUAUUUGUUGUGGGACUCUUUGAAAAGUUGUUUACAAUUUGGCGAGCAAGGAAGUAAAAUUAUUGUGACCACGCGGAGCAAGGAUAUUGCAUUGAUGAUGAAGACAAAUGUUCAACCUUACGAUCUUCAAGUAAUUUCUGACGAUAAUUGUUGGAAGUUGUUUGCAGAACAAGUCUUCGAUGAUAUAGACUCCAAUGAGGUACAUCUAGAAUUGGAGGAAAUUGGAAAGCAAAUUGUUGAAAAGUGCAAGGGUCUUCCUUUAGCUGUAAAAUCGAUGGUUGGACUUUUGAAAUGUACGUCAAAUCAUGAAGAAUGGAGGCAUGUAUUGCAAAGUGAUAUCUGGGAGUUGCCAAAUCGCCUUAACAUCAGAAUUGUUCCGGCUUUAUGGUUGAGAUACCACUUCUUACCUCCUUAUUUGAAACCAUGUUUUUCUCAUCUUUCGAUCUUUCCCAAAGAUUAUGAAUUUCAAAAAGAUGACAAAGAUAAAAUAAUCUUAAUUUGGAUGGCAGAAGGUCUUUUGCAACCUCAGAAAGGGAAAAGAAUUGAAGAUGUUGGGGAAGAGUAUUGGAAUGCUUUAAUAUCAAGAUCGUUUUUUCAAAGAAACAAUACAUGGAAUCUUAAUAUUUUUAUGCAUGAUCUUAUGCAUGAUUUAGCUAUGCAUAUUAGGUCAAAGUUGCUUUAUUUAUGAUAGUUGUAACG